CCCGAAUCAUAAAUGCGGGGGAGGCUCUCCGAGAGACGGGGGUCGUGUGUGUGUGUCGGGGGGUUUCCUUUGGGGGUGUCAUACCGGGUGCCGUGGGUCUGGGAUGGCGCUGAGUACAGUGUGAGCGGGUUUGCAGCAAAACUUUGCUGAGCGGAGGCAAGGCUGCAAAAGUUCGCCGGGGAGGCUGAGUCGCAACCCCGCACGGUUCCGCUGUCAUGUCCCUCCUGGACCUCCCGUGUGAAAAAACAUAUGGAUUAGAAACUUCAGAAUGCGUGGAUUGUUGUCUCGCUAAAGUGGAUUUAUCCGUGGGAUAUAAAAGUCAUCGCUUUGCUGCUUUUGCUGCACGCUGUUGCAGUUUCAAUGGACUCUUAUCUACCGGACUGAAAUGCAUUGCUUAACUUGGAGAUAAGCGAGGAAGCUUGAGGAGGACAUAUACCAUGUAGCCUUGUGUCGGUUCUUUUUUUUUUUUUUCCACGCAAUGCAUUCCUCCCGUGACAAGGAAGUGGGGCUCUUAUCUCGGAAACACCGACUCAUGGCUGCGGCUAUGCCCGACGAGGAUAGCCCUUUGCCGGUCAACACUUCCAGGGCUGACCGCAACGGCUUGGGGGGAAUAGUGCACUGUUUUAUAUGUGGCAGCGGAGUCACGGCAGGGAAGGAGCUGAGAUUGCAAGUGACAUAUCAAAAGGAACGCUACCCCUUUUUCCCGUUCCUUCAGAACCAGGAGCCAGCUCCGGGUGCGAGCGAGCUGAGCCCGGAGGGUCACGCGCUGGUGUGCGCUGUGUGUCACUGCUUCCUUGCGGAGCAGUGGAACUCCUUUGAGAGGAGCGGGACGCCCAUCGAGAAGCGCAUGUACUGGCUGAAGCGACCCUAUCAGUGUGACUCUCGCCGGGUUCCCCAGGAGUGGAAUAUCUCCUACGAGCUGGAGCGGAGGAUCAGCACCGGUAGCCACAACUACGACGGGGGCGCGGAGUCGGACUUCUCAUCCUUCUCUGACAACAUGUCAGAUCAGGAGAUGGAUGUGGUGGACAGGGGUGGUGUGAGUAAAGACAAGUGCCCGAGAGCAGCGGCUAAAUCGCAGAGAGAUGGGAAUCGGAAAAGCAGUGUUAAAAACAGCCCAGACUCCCCAAGGACGCUCCCCCGGUAUACGGUUGGGGUCUAUGGUGCGCAGGGGUCACCCAAACCGGAAAGCUUGACGCCUACGAGACGCGCACCUAAAAUGAUGAAUAAUGUGUGUCAGUCAUCAUAUUCUUUGGCCAAGUUUCAGGAGAGUGUGCCUCAGCGGUGCAAUGACAACCACCUCCCCAAUGCACCUGUGCAGGACAACGGGGUCAUUAUCCGCCACAGGUCAUGGCUGGGCGAGGCCAACGCGAGACACCCUGAUCCGCGUCACAUCCAGCGAGGACCCGACAACAGCUGCGCCUCACCCGGCUAUCCUCAUCCCACCUCCAUCGUCAACUCUAAAUGUAAUCGGGAUAUUCCGAGAGGCAGCAACUCGGAUGAGGAUGAGAUUAACAUCACAAGUGAUGAAGACAGGGACGUGCGAGGUCGUAAAACUGUCAAACAUCGUGGUGACCUUUUGACCAGAAAAGUAGCACAAUUGCACCGCAAUGCAGAGUCAAACGCAGAGGGACGCGCUUGCUUUAUCUGCGGCACUGAACUCAGUCCUGGUGGAAGUUAUAAAGUCAGCGUUCAAAAGCAAGAAAAGGCACAAGGGGAACCUUUCUUUCCUUUCCUGUGGCUGCACAGCCCCCCUCCAGGUGCAUCACCCAUCAGCCCAGCAGGUGUGACACUGGUGUGCGGCAGUUGUCACGCCUCACUCAUGCAGCAAUGGCACAACUUCCAACAGGCGGACGUUCCCGUGCUUCAACGCCUUUAUGUCGUCCCGCUCAACCCAGCCGCCGCGUCCCAGCAGGACAAAAUCAUUCAGGCAACGGCGUGCGACACUAGAGGUCCUCGUGAGGCGUGUUUUCUGUGCGGCAAUGAGUGCGGCGCCGAUAAAGUGGUGCACGCGCAGGCCGGCGUCGGUAAAUCUCGCGGGGUGAUGUUUUUUCCUUUCAUCAACAUGCUCCCCUGCCCACCCAAUGCCCAACCGAUGAGGAAUGGCCGUGUGCGCUGCUGCUCUCAGUGCCUUUUAAUCCUGGAGGACAUCUGGAGUGCUUAUCACCUUUGUCUCAACGAGGACCUCAUCACCUCUCUCAGCUCCUUCCUGGUCAGGUAUCAUUCGGUCAUGGCCAUUGAAGGGUUUGGAGCUAUUCGUUCCCGUACGGGUGUUUCUUCUGAGAGCUCCGUGUCGGUGUGCUACUUGUGUGGAUCGGAGUUGUCUCCCGGAUGCGAGUUCCAGCUUCAUGUCAAUCCGCCUGGACGUUGCGGUGAGAAGGAGCCUUUCUUCCCCUUCCUCACGGUGCACCCACCUGCUCCUCGAGCCAAGCCAGUUGACGCCACAGGCCUGGUGUCCGUUUGCGCUCUCUGCUACCACGAUCUGCACAGUCAGUGGGCCCAACAUGAGAGCAAAGGCCCGGGCCCCGCCGCACCCUCUACAUCAUCCACCUCCGGACCAUCCAGCUCUCCUUGGGCCCGCCAGUACACCUGUGAGGCCUUUGUGUGCUUCUUCUGCAGGCAGGAGCAGCGCAGGCAAGGGCGGAUGUGCACGGUCACUGUGGCGCGGCUCCCUGUUUUCCUCUAUGCGCCACGCAGCGCUGGCACCCUCCUGGUAGAUGAUGGGAGGAGGCUGAUAGUUGGCUCGUGUAUGGAUUGUAAAUCCGUGGUCCAGGUGGGCUGGAGCGCACAGCAGGACAGGGAGCGGCCGCGACACGGGGCCUCAGAUGGCCAGAGAGAAGAACUGCAAUUAACCUCCCCACAGCCUGGACAACAGGCCGACACUGUGACAGAGGAGUCGACGAGAGCCGGCAAGGAGGAAAGCUUAAAGAUUUCGCAACCUGCAAGCGACCACGCUCAUCACCCAGUGACCUUGGAGCCAGAGAUAUCCGAGCCAGUCGACCGCCCAUGCUCCAGCAUGAGCCAUGAGCCAAAGUCACCAUCCCUAGGAAUGAUCUCCACGGCAACCCGUACAACGGCGACGGUCAGCCCUCUCACCCCGUCACCUCUUAAUGGCUCCAUCGUAGCCAAUGGAAGCCCAGCUGCCCAGUCGGCUCACUCUGGAUUCGCUGCAGCCCUCCGAAAAUUGGCAAAACAGGCAGAAGAACCACGAGCUGCCUCCUCCAUCAGCAGUGAAUCCUCCCCAGUGUCGUCGCCAGCCACCAACCACAGCUCUCCCGUCAGUACGCCCAAGAGGGGCCCUCUCGGUCCAGGGCCUGUCCUGGUUCCGCCGACAGGCCACAGCGUGCCAAACACUCCACCCGUCGUCACCAUUGCUCCAACCAAGACUAGCAACGGACUCUGGAGGACCGAGGGACGCCAGGCUGAUUCCGGGCCUCGUGGGGCCAGCAGGGAACGGCUGGGUGCGGAAGGGACCCUCCCCCAGGAAAAGGGCCCCUCAGUCCCCGCCCACCUGCUGGGAAACCCUUAUGCCUUCGGUCUCCCCCCUGGCGCUGUGAUGCAGGAUUCACGUUUCCAGCCGCUCAACCUCCCCAGACAGUUGCCUAAUGCCGUGCCGCCUGGUCCUGUACCCGAAGAGUACCUCCGUGGUUUCAGGCCCUAUGCCACUACUGAGGAUGCCCUCCGCAUGCCCUCUUUGCCAUUGGGUCUGGACCCCGCCACCGCAGCUGCCGCCGCUGCAUACUACCAUCCCAGCUACUUGCCCCACCCCUCCUUCACCCCGUACAGGAUGGAUGACCCAUUCUGCCUCGCGGCUUUGAGGUCACCUUUCUAUCCGCUACCAGCAGGGGCCGCUUUACCCCCCAUCCAUCCAUCUGCAGUCCAUAUGCACUUAUCAGGGGUCCGCUACCCUGGAGACUUCACACACCCGUCACUCUCAGCACUGCAGUCUGAAAGGCUUCAGCUGGAGGAUGAGCUGCGGCAGCGCGAGAGGGAGCGGGAACGCGAGCGCGAAAAAGAGCGGGAGCGGGAGGCCGAGAGAGAGAAAGAACGGGAGCGCGAAAGGGAGCGGGAGCUGGAACGAGAGCGAGAACGGGAGCGAGAGAGGGAACGAGAGCGGGAACGGGAAAGAGAGAGAGAAAGAGAGAGGGAGAAGGAGAGAGAAAGAGAAAAGGAACUGGAAAAGCAAAAGGAGAAAGCGCUGAGAGAGAAAGAGCUUCAAGCCUCUAAGGCUAUGGAGAGCCACUACCUGGCUGAGCUUCAUGCCAUGAGAGGGCAGGAGGACCGAAGCAAGCCAGAAAGACUCACCCCUAAUCGGGCUGAUAAAACCAAAGAGCCCCCUCUGCCCGCUCCAAAACCGGUCCCGCCAGGACUCCACUCUGCAAUGGUACAAUCGCAUCACCCGGUCCCUGGUCUAAUCUCAGGCCACAGCCUCUUCAUGGGGCCCAGUGCUGUGGGGACAGGUCUCCCAACAUCCAUAAUCGCUCCCAGGAACAAUGAGGAGGAGAGGUGGUUGGCAAGGCAACGCAAGAUACGGCAAGAGAAAGCGGAUCGCCAAUACCAGGUGUCGGAAUUCCGCCAGCAGGUUCUGGAACAGCACCUGGACUUAGGCCGGAGCCCUGAUGCGCCAGAACAUAGGACAGACUUGCACAGACCAAAUAAUCACGAAGCGGGAAGCCGAGACCCCCAUUCCCAUUUAGGUGCCCCUCCACCACUCAUCUCUCCCAAGCCCUCCCAACCACCACGUGAACAUCAUCCUCCACCUCCCACAACUUUGUGGAACCCAGCAUCUCUAAUAGAGACACGCUCAGAGUCCCGACGCACCCAUGAUCCCUCGGGGAUGGGACAUUACGAUCUCAGUCGGCUACAGCCCGGCCCCUCCAAGUAUGAGGAUGGGGGCAGGAGAGACAGUGGGGCAAUGGAGAAGUAUUUGCAACCCAGAGGUCCGCCUGGCCUGCCGGAGCCCGGUACAUUCCUCGCCGAUCUGGAGAAAUCCACCCACUCUUUCUUCAACCAGCAUCGGGCGUCCAUGUCCCUGACCAGCCAGUAUGAAAUGGAAGGAGCUGUCAAAAGCAGCGCUGGACUGAAGAGCCUCCAAGGCCACGGCCGUCACGGACAAGCGAUGGGCACGGUGUCUGGGUCAGGUGUAGGACAGUUAGCCCCACUGGAAAUGGCGCCAGACACGAUGCUGAUCUAUGACGAGCUUCUUCAGCAGCACAGAAGGCCGGUCAGUAAGCUGGACUUGGAGGAGAAGAGGAAGAGGGAAGCCAAGGAGAAAGGUUACUACUAUGAGCUGGAUGACUCAUAUGAUGAAAGCGAUGAGGAGGAGGUGAGGGCACAUCUCAGAAGGGUAGCAGAGCAGCCUCCACUCAAACUUGACGACUCCACCGAGAAAUUGGACUUUCUAGGAAUGUUCAGCCUGACCACUGUGGGCCGGCGGGAGGAGCUGAUGCAGCAGAAGAGAAGAAAGCGACGGAGGAUGCUCAGGGAGCGCAGCCCCUCGCCAGCUGCCACGCAGUCCAAACGCACGCCUCCUCCCCCGCAACUCAGCACGCGCUUCACCCCUGAGGAGAUGGACCGAGCACCGGAGCUGGAGGAAAAGAAGCGCUUCCUCACGAUGUUCAGACUUUCUCAUGUCACCCUUCAGCAGAAAAAAGAUACUGAAAGGGCAGCGGAGCUGCUCCAGGCAAUUAAAGAGAAGAGCAUAACCUUGGAUACCAUCAGACAUGCCCCUCAUCCGCUGUGCAAAAGCCCCACAGUACAGCUCUCUGAUUCGGCAUGUUCCCAGCCCACCUCAGAAUCAGAAGACCACCACGGUGUCAGGACACAUAGCCCCGCCUCACAUUGCCCCUUGUCCCCGUCCCCUAAUGGCAAUCCAAAACCCCUUGGGGACACGCUAAGACCAAAGGAUCCUCCUUCUCCAGCUGUCUACCCAGACAAGGCCCGGGGGCCUACCGAGGGGCCAAUCUCCAGGAGGAGUUCCAGCCUGCUGAACAGCUUGCGGCCUCCGCUCCCUCUACAGGCUAAGGAGGGUGUCCACAGCAUGAAUGGACGCACCAAACCUUGGGACAGCUUCACCCCGGAGGAAUUUGCUCAGCAGUUCCAUGAAUCUGUGCUGCAGUCCACUCAGAAAGCGCUGCAGAAACACAAAGGCGGGGGUGCCGGGAUGUCGGAAACGUCUCCCCUGCAGGAGUCCUCAGUUCAUUACAACAUUCCCGAGCUGCAGAGUGCCCCCGGCAGGCCGCUUCCACCGCAUUCCCAGUCACACGCCAGCACGCACCAAUCGGCUCUCGCACUUGCGCACGCUCACCCUCAGCCCAACGGGCAGCACUUCUCCGCGUCGCUCCAUCGCGACGCUUCAGGGACGAGGGAGGACCUGUCUGCCUCAGAGGAUGACGACGACGAAGAGGAGGAGGGGGAGGAAGAGGCGGCGCCAGCUUCCAAGUGGCAAGGGAUUGAAUCCGUAUUUGAAGCUUAUCAGGAAUAUGUUGAAGAACAAAGUCUGGAGCGGCAAGUAUUGCAGAGCCAUUGUCGACGGCUGGAAGCUCAAAACUACAACCUCAGUCUCACUGCUGAACAGCUCUCACAUACCAUGGGGGAUCUGAUGUCCCAGAGGCAGAAGCUGGCCAUAGAAAGAGAGAAGCUGCAAUCAGAGCUGGAGCACUUCAGGAAGUGUUUGACUCUGCCACAGACGCACUGGCCCAGAGGCGGACAUUACAAGGGCUACCCUCCCAGGUGACACCCCCUGGCCACCUAAAACUAAAAGACAUCUAAUGCCCCACCCCACCCUCUUCUCAGAUACUUUUCUUCUCAAAUUAAUAGCAGAUUAUCCCAAUCUACGGGGAUCCAUGGUGGAGAAGCAGGUUAAUAGAACAGUCAAAGAAGGGUAGUCAGGGCUACAAGCCAAGGUGUGCCAACAUAACCACGAAAGGAGAUCAGCAAAGGGGGCGGGACAAGAUGCUUCUCACACACAAACACACACACACACACGCACUCCUCUUCUUCAACACCGCCACCCAAACACAGACAAUCCUGCCAACGGGGGGGAAGAGACACUCCGAAAGUCCAAAGGAACGCUUGCGGCCAGUCAGGAAGUGACGUCAUUGCGGCGGCAGUGCGAGCGUUCCAACUGGACAUGCACUUAAGAAUAAUAGCUGAAGAACUACCUGGUGGUACUGUGUUACAACAAAGACAUAUUUGAAUUUGGACAGAAUGUUGAAAUGCACAUUUUUGGGGAAAUAAUUAACAAAAUGUUUUAUUUCAAAAUAGGACAAUUUGAGAAUAAGAAUUUUAAAAGGUGCUUCAGCCUUAUAUUGUAUAUAAUAUGAAGACUUAAAAGAAUUUUUGUAAGUUUAUUAUUUUAAUCAUUGUUCUUUUCAAAGAAAAAAAGCCUGCCAUUUUUUUAAUUUGUUUAUGUUUUUGGGUUUGCAAAAGACAGCCUUGCUUUUAGUGUUUGUAUUGCUGCUGGACAGAACAGCUCAUUCUGACAACACGUUGAAGAGAAGAUGAGAGAAAACACAGGAUCGGACCUUCAGCGGCUGCGAGCCGCCAUGUGGUGCCGACCCGCGUGCCCUUUUGCCACCUUUUUAUUCAUAGCGCUGCGUGACGUCCAUUUCAGUUACUCUGCUUACUUAACAAAAUGUUUGCCUCCCACUGGAGUGUGCACACAAACCAGUUUUUGUUACUUGACUGGCUUUGACUUGAUUUUUUUUAUUUUAUAUAUAUAUAUAUAAAAAUGAAGUAAAGGGGCCAGAUGAUGUUGCUGGUUCCUGAAGACUCCUCCUCACACGCAUCAAAUAGCAUCAAGUGACAAGCCUUUGCCAGAUCCAAGCAUUAUAUCCACAAACACGGGGGGCCGAGUGCCAAACAAUACAUUUCAAAUUCAAAUGAUUUAGCCAAAAGAAAUAAAACCAUCCAGGAUGGAACUAAGCUAAAAAGCCUACAAAUCUUAUCCCUCAUGCGAUGUCCAAGGAUCAUCCCUAAUAAUCCGAUCCGAUGCCAACGUGUAACAAACUGAAAAUAACAAACUGAUCUGUUUACAGCGUCGUCCGUGGCUCUACCUAGAGACGUGUAGCAACCUGCAGCGAUUUUAAAUUUCACUGUCAAGUCUGCCUGGAAAAUAUGCAGAAGGCAGUUCAUCAAAAUGGAAGCACAACACCCUCAUUAGCAGCAAAUGAAUAAGUGCCUCAAUUAUUUUGGACCGUCUUUGAUCAAACUGUAGCUCAAACCUUUCACAUCCACCCAAACUAAAAGUGGGGAGCAUCACAGCCUGUUUGUUUGAGGGCUGGGUGAGCGCGACAGGGUGGCACAGCACACAGCGUAAGCCCCGCCUCAUCUCUCACCAUCCACGCACGGCCACGCCACAGCGCCAUUUACUCAGCGGAGGAUGUCUAGAUGCUGUGAAAUCCUGUUUUCAAAAGAAUUGUUCGUUUGACUCCAUUGUAAUGUAAUAUAUUCUUUGUUGAAUGUAGUAAUUAGGUAUUUAUGAAUAUAUGGCUGUGAUUUCAGACAAAAAAAGAAAAUAAAAUAUUUCAAAAAUG